AAGACAAACAUCGUACGAAAAAUUUACAAGAAAAAAGAAAGAAAAAAAAAACAAUGGAGUCAAUGGUGGACUAGAGGGUGUAGUUUAAGAUAUGUUAACAAUGUUUUUGUACGAAUAAAAUUGUCUUGGCUUCAUUAUAAAUAUUUUUAAGUAAAGGUUAUUGCGAUUCCUCAAACAAAUCAAUGUAAAAAAAUCAAAAGAGUAAAGUGAAAUUUCAUAAUUUAUUAGAGCCGACAUAAUGGCUGUAUUAGUUGCUAAUAAUUCUAAAUCAGUGAAUUUAACACGCUCAUUGGAAAAAAUUUUGGAUGAAUGCAGUGCCAGCGGCGAACUGAAAUUACAAAACAGGAAAUUAAAAGAUUUUCCAAAAUGCUAUGGAAAAUUUAAUCUCUCAGAUACGGUCUUUGCAGAUUUAUCAAGAAAUCGCUUCUGUGAAUUGCCUGAGGAUGUGACAUCAUUCGCGUUCUUGGAACGACUUUUGCUUUAUCAUAAUGCGAUACGUUCGAUACCUGAAUCCAUUCGUAGUCUUCAAUCGUUGACAUUCUUGGAUUUGAGAAGUAAUCAACUCACAACAUUACCUCGCGAAGUUUGUCUUCUUCCAUUACAAAUAUUUUUGAUUUCCAAUAAUCGUCUCACGACUUUACCGGACGAGUUGGGACGAAUGAAUGAGCUAACCGAACUUGAUGCCGGUUUCAAUCAAUUAACACAUUUGCCAGCACGUUUAAGUGAAUUGACAAAUCUUAGAUCACUUUGCUUGAGAAGCAAUCAACUUGUUUACCUUCCACGUGAAUUCUCAAAUCUAAGACUUAUUUCACUUGACAUCAGUUGUAAUAAAAUCGCUUCACUGCCAGUUGAACUUCGUCUUAUGACAUCACUUGUCGAUCUCGAACUAUCUGAUAAUCCUCUCACAUCACCGCCAGCUCAAAUUUGCAUUCGAGGUAUCGUGCAUGUCUUUAAAUAUCUCGAAACAAUCGUUGGAAAAGAAGGAAAGAGUGAAGCUAGCAAUAGCAAUUCAUUGCGGCGAACAUUACCAAAGCAAAACUCAACGCCAGCUAUCAAUGACGCAAUAAAAGUUAAACGACACACAAGUGAUUCCGGUUACAGCACAAGCGAUUGCGGAUUAGACUCCAAGUGGGCAAACGAACAAAUGAUUCCAAAAUGGCAAUUACCUUCAACUCCACUUCACAUUAGAACUGAGUUGAGUAAAAGUGACACCCCAACUCCAGCUGGCGUUUCUCCUGGCGGAUUCUGUAAUCAUUCAACAUCCCUUGACGACGAUCAAUUGAAGAGAAAAUUGGAGAAGCGUCACAUGACGAAUUCCAAUCCCACAUUGACAAAUGGAUUGAACGGAAAUUUAGAAAACUCACCGGAAGCAAAUACGCCCGAUAGUCAAAAGUCUGAUGAAAAGAUCAAAGGUUUAGGUAAUGUCCAAACAUAUCGUGAGUACAAAGAAGCAUUACGUCAACAAAGGAGUCAAGAAUCGUUGUCGAUUUACAGAGCCAAAGAUGUUUCAACGCCAGAUGGAAGUUCGGAAUUACAUUUCAGAUCACAAACGUCGUCACCUUAUAAUGGAAGCAGUCAAAAUUCACCGAUUUCACCUUAUCGGAAUAUGAAUCUGUCGAUGACGUCGAUUAAUGGACACGGAAUCGGAAAUAGUGAAGAAGGAAAAGGUCGGCCAGUUCAGAAAGUGACGCCAUCGAGAAGUUCAAGCAACAACAAUAACAGCACAUAUCAGAAUGGAAGUCGUUCGAGUAGUAAUGGAAAUAUUUCUGAUAGCUAUGAAAAGCCAAACAGUCCACAAAAAACUUCUGGAAUAUUACAACAUAACAAUGUACCGAAUAUUAUGAACGGAAACAAUAUUAAAGGUGUGCUCGUUGAUAGUAGCACUCACAAACCGUUGUCUGGUACAACUGUCGGAUAUGUCAACAACAAACCAGGACAGAAACUCAAUAAAUCUGUCUCAUGGAAUCGUGAUGUUCCCACAGAGAAGUUGAGCUUUACAAUGCGUCGUGAAUUUGACAAACAUAAAGAAGAAGUUGAAUUAAUAAAGCAAUUGAAAAGUAUACUUCAAACAAAACUCAAGAUGUCAUUACCAGAUGACAUUGCGCCUGCAUUAACUGAUGGUGUUGUUUUAUGUCACUUAGCGAAUCACAUCAAGCCACGUUCUGUUGGCAGCAUUCAUGUUCCAUCCGCUGCUGUCCCAAAGCUGACCAUGGCCCGAUGUCGUCGAAAUGUUGAUAAUUUUCUCGAAGCAUGUCGCAAAAUUGGCGUCGACGAGGAGAUAAUUUGCUCCUGUGGAGACAUUGUGCCCACAACAGACGAUCCAUCAAAUUGUCGUCCACCCGAUGAACAGGCCAUGUUUCGAACAAUAAAUGCUUUAUUGAUGCACCAGCUCAAGCUGAAGAUGCAAGAUCGAGGAUCUGAUGUAACCAACACCAAUACGGCAAGCGAUGGUUACGAUGAAGAUUCGAAUUUGACGAUGUCAAUGGGUGGUGAUGGAGGAAUUCGUCGUGCACCAAAUUCACUUGACUUCACUCGCAAGAGAAAAUUUACCAGCGUCAAAUUUCUCUUACCGGAAAACAAUGAAAACUUCUUAAACGAAGUUAUUGAAGAAUGUGAAUAUGACAGUGACAUUGGGAAGUUUAAUUGCAAGGAAGAAGAAGAUGAAAAUAUCCAAGAAGAUUCGGAGAAUAGCGAGACGUCAUCAAUGGUUGACCACUUUCUCAAUAUUGAACACAUGAAUGAUUUAAAUUCACCUCACAAGUUUGAUGAAAAGAAUGUUUUUGAGGUCAAUAAUUUCAACAAUGAGGAAGACUGUCAAUACAAGAUUGUAAUGAAGAGAAUUGAUUAUUUUGAGGGAAAUCGAGUUAUCGAUCGACAACAAGAAGAUUUGUUAUUGAAACAGUCACAAAUCUUUGAUGAAGUUGACGGAAAGGCAAAAGAUAAUUCGACUUUCAUGACACCAAUAAAGAAAAUUGUUCGAACUGAAUACCAAAGUAAUCUCUUAUGCUGUGCUGCUGAUGUUCUUGAAGGGAAAGGAAUUGUGCAGGUAGCAAUAACUGUUUGUGAAUUGAUAAAGCAUCAAAUUGCGACACCGCCAAGCAUGAUCAAAUCACCUCAGCGAUACCAAAACCUGAACUAUAGCAACAUGAACAAUAAUGGAGCUUGCGUUGAUGGAAUUAUAAGCAAAUCAUCGAGCAGCUCAUCGUCACAACUUUCAGCCACAUCACCCUCAUCACCAAUAGUUUAAAUUUCAAAACACAAACAUUUGUUGUACAAAAAUAUUUUACUGAUUAUGUGAUUUUUUUCUCUCUCUUUCAUUUAGAAUGACACAAAGCAGAAAUUAUUUAAUUACUGAGUAAUCGAAGAAAGAAAUCUUGUAAAUGUUUAGCUAAAAAAUAUUUUAUCUUCCAAGUUUAAAUUGUGACAAAAUUUUCAAAAUUGUCUGUUGUCAGACAAAUGAUUCAUGAUUAGAAUUCUUUUAGAAUGUUGUAAAUGUAUUUUAAACUCCUACAAAUUCAAGUAGUGCAUGAUAUUUUCUUUAAAAACAAGUUUUUCUUAAUCUCUUUCAACAACAAACAAAAAGAUUCUUGAAUAACAAAAAAUAAUUUUAAGUUGUCAAGUGGAUCAAAAUGCAACCGAAACCUUUGGAAGUUUCGGACUUAUGAGAUUCAAUUUUUAUACCAAAUUUAUUGCAUUACAGAAUAUUUGACUUGUAUCUGGGUCUGAAAUCGGUAAACUUCAUUUAGUUCGCCGAUUUUCAAACCUGAUUAAGAUGCUGAUAUGAAAAGUAUGAAAGCAUAAUUAAUAAUCAUUAUAAUAAUGAAACAAUACAAUAAUGACAAAAUUUAAACUACGUGAGAAUAUUAGAAUACAGUAAAACAUGUUUUAAAAUUAGGUUUUCUAACUAACCACAAUGAAAAAGGCUCAAGAAAAUGGAAAAUGUAAAAAAUACCGUGAGUGUGCCAUUUUUCUUUUCUAAAGUAAAUAAAUUAAUCAAAAUUUGACAUCAACAUGACUUGAUCUGAGAUUUGGAUACCCGCAACGAUUUUUAAAGAAUCUUUAAAAUGUUUUUAUAAUGAGAUCGGAUGUUGUCUAAUUAUCAGAGUUGUGCUUUGACUCAUUUUACAUUCUAUGUAAGUUUGUAAGUAAAACUUGUCGACACAACUCUGCAAAUUAAUGAAAGCGUAAAAUUGAUUAACGCUCUUAAUUAAACUUAUCUCAAUCAAGAUAAACUUCAUUAAUGUGCACGAUUUUCCAUGACUUUUAAAAUAUAAAUAGUUGUGCCAAAGAUGCAUGAAAUUAGAAAUUUUGCACUAAAGUAGUUUUAAAAGUUUACUUUUACAUAACUUGAUCUGUAAUGACAUGAUAUCGAAUGUAGUUGGAAAUAAGAUUGAAAAUGCAUGUAACCAAGAGUUUCUAGUCAAACUAUUUUUUGACAAGCAGUUAAUCUGUGUAAAUCUUAAUAUAAAUAUCAACAACGUAUGUACUUUUUUUAGAAACAGCAACAAAUGAAAAUAGUUCUUUAAUUUAUUUUUUAUUGAAUUUGUUAUCAAAUAUCUACUUAACAAAUGAUUACCUAAAUAUCAACCUUCCAUUAAAAUUCUGUUUUAAAUUUAUAAACUUAAAUACCGCAAAUGCCAGUCAUUUAAAACCUUGUCAAAUGUAACAUCCAAAAAUAAUGAUUUUGUUAAAUUUUUUACAUUAAGAAACUCAUUUUUUUAUUGAAAAAUUUUAUUUACCAACAAUUGAGUGAGAGUAAAAGAAAUAGGUGAACAUCUUUGUAAGUAAUUGUCGUAGAACAAGAAAAUUUAUGUGAAAAACUUCCAGUCUGUGGUUUAUUUUAUCACUAACAAUUAAGUUCCAAUUUUUAAUAAUUUGGUUCACAAUUUUAUUUUAUAAUUUCCUUAAGUAAGGCACCAAAAAUUAUUUAUGUAGUACAUUUUUCAACAAUCAACAUACUUGUGACUUAUUUUAAGUUAUUUUUAUUUCAUCUGGCAAUAAAACAAAAAUAUUGAAUAAAUUAGAAAAAUUUUAAGUUUUUGCUUGGAAGUUGCAGGACAAAAAUAUUUAAAAUGGUUUACGAAACUCAAUGUUGACGAAUGUCCAAUAACAAAUGUUGAAAACAAUGAAAGCACAAGGGAAGAAUACUCG